UAGAAACCGUGUUUACUGUAGAACUAAUUUUUGUUGACUGCUCCUGACGAAUACAAGAACAAUUACGCAACUGUCUGUGCAUUUUGAAAUGACAGAUCAAGAGGAGCAGGAAGAUGAACUUCUUGCUUUGUCCAGCAUCUACGAAAAUAUUCUUAAGGUUCAUAAAGAAGGGGAGCUCAAUGGAGGGGAACUGUUGGCUUUACCUGUACUGCCAGAUGACUUCUGUGUCAAGGUUGUGAGAAAAAGGAAAGGCAGUGACAAGGACCCUGCUGGAAAGAUGGAGACAGAAACUCACCACAUCAAGUACCUACCCCCAGUGCAGCUCAACUUUCUCUUGCCAGCCAACUAUCCAUCUAGCAGCCCACCUGAGUUCACUCUCUCCUGUAAAUGGCUUAACAGAGAACAGCUUUCCAAAUUAUGUGAGAAGCUGGACUCUCUCUGGUGGGAGAACCAAGGCUGUGUGAUCCUGUUCCAAUGGAACACAUUCCUCCAAGACGAGCUGUUUGAUUUCCUCGGACUUACAUCACCUCUCGAACUCGCUCACGUGCUUAAACCAAAACCUGAGUCUAAGCUUGACCCUAGAGCUAUCCAAGAAAUCGCGUCUCAAGACCAACUUCUACCUGUGAUAAUUGAAUACAAUAAACAAGAAAGACUAAACCAGUUUGAAAAAUCUAGCUUUACAUGUAAUGUGUGCUUCUCAGAAAAGGGCGGAGCUCACUGUAUAAUGUUUUACGAUUGUGAUCAUGUGUACUGCAAUGACUGUAUGAGAGACUACUUUAGUGUGCAGAUUCAAGACGGCAAUGUGAAAGCUUUGGAGUGCCCUAAUGACAAAUGUGAAUCACAAGCUCACCCAACGCAAGUCAAGAAGCUGGUACAUCCUGACCUGUUUCUCAGGUACGACCAGCUGCUCCUUCAGACAAGCCUUGACACAAUGUCUGAUGUUACGUUCUGUCCCCGCCCGGUUUGCCAGGCCCCUGUGCUCAUGGACAGGGAGACUACACUCGCAUCCUGUUCAGCCUGCCAUCUUGUGUUCUGUACCCUCUGUCGACUAGUCUACCAUGGGAUUUCGCCAUGCAAAUUGAAAGCAGAUGGGCUUCUGAAGCUGCGUGAGGAGUACCUGUCGGCUGAUAAAGCAACAAAGAAGUUGCUGGAGAAGCGCUAUGGCAAGGUGACCAUUCAACAGGCAUUGGAGGAGAGCUUUACUAAUGAGUGGCUCAACGAACACUCCAAACAGUGCCCAAGUUGUGGGGCACACAUCCAGAAAAUUGAUGGCUGUAACAAGAUGACAUGUAUGAAGUGCCGGGCGUACUUCUGCUGGCUGUGUAAUGAUUCCCUUUCACGCUCCAAUCCAUAUCUCCACUACAGCACUGCAGGAUCCAAGUGCUUGAACCGGCUUUUUGAGGGCAUUGACAUUGAUGGAGACUUUGAUGAUGACAACGAUGAUGAUGGGUGGGGGUGGUUGUAGUGAGAUACUUAUGUUUUUAAGACACACAGGUUAUUAAGGCCCCACAAGAAACUUUGUGGGCGCCCUAUUGUUAUCACUCUGUCCGCCUGUCUGUCCACAUGUUUGUGUCACCUGUGAAGCAAGGCAAACAUUAUAAGCCAUUAUUUUAUCUGGCAUUAUAUUCUACGUUUUGAACAACUUUGUGUAGAAUCUUCAAACUUAUACACUGGCCACUUUAUUCCACAGGAAGUGAAGUAAAUUUGCUGUCCCCCAAAAAAUCUCAAGGAGAGAAAAUUUCCAUGACUUGACCCUUUAAGAAUGAUAACUUAAAUUAAUAAUUUUUAAUUUCCAUGAUGCACAGAUGAGUACUCCCGAUACUCCUCUAAGAAAAUCAAAUGCUGCUUCUACAAUUUAAAACGCCUAUCUGGGGAGAUCUUGAUUACCCAGCCAAUAAUAUUUAAAGAUAAGCGUAAAAUCCAACAUGCAAUUAAAAAAAAAAAAAUGUUGCGUGUACAUUUCAAAUGUUUGAUCUGAGGUGAGCCAGUAAAUACAAAAUUCUUCAAAAUUCAUAGAUAAAGAAAUAUUUCAAGCGUUGUUACUUUUGGAAUCAUGAAAUUAACUUAUAAUAAUACCAAGAAAAUGAGAAACAAUUUCCAAGAAUUUUCCAAAAUUUUACAGACCUCAUGUGUGGAAAUGCUCAUCCCCUUCUUAUGUUCGUGUAUGACAACUCUCUGCAAGUUCAAUCAGGAGUUUGAUGGGAAUUUAUCCUCCUCUGGCUCGGUCCAGAGAUGGCCUUUUUCACUGCCCACAUUUGCAUAGUUAUCCCUCUUGAUUUUUAACAUGCCUUUCUGAUAGUUCAUCAUGUUAACUAUGCUAUCAUUCCCCUUAUCACAUCAUGUGAUGGCUUUGACAUUGUGUAUGCAGUUAUUGGUGAAGGAAGAUGUAUUUAUUGUUAAAAAUAGAUUAAUAACAAUUGUAAAUAGAAUAACUAAACCCCUGCAAAAUGAUGUUUUGAUUGCAACUAAAUGUUUUAUCAGGGGUUUAUAGGAGUCACUAUGGCUGGCUGUCUCUCUGUCUGUCUAGACAACACUUCUAAGUACUCAGAAAAUGCCAAAUGAUAGAUCAUGCAUACUUGAAAUGGGCUAGAUUAACCAGUCCCAGUCCCUAAUAGGAAUUAAAACACGCUGCGUAGAAUUCUCUCAUGACUGUAGUCAUUACUGAUGCAGUCUGGGACCAUACUGUUCAUCCCGACAGACUUUUGCCAACCUGUCAGACAAACACCUCCGCUGUUAUUAUUUUAUCAAUUGUUUAGCCUGUAAUUGAUAGUACACAAUGUAUUUAAGUAAAAAUAAAAAAUCACUGCAUUAUGAAUGCCACCUUAUUGUCAGAGAAAAACAACAGACAUUGAGAGAUUAAUUGUCUUCCUUCAACUUUAAUCUAGUCAAUAUUUAAACAAAUAAAAGUACCUACUAUAGUGUAGUCUAGUAUAAACUAUGUUACUACAUUCAUGCCACUCAUUUGACUUAGUGGAAUACAUAGUUUCCACUGACCAUGGCAACUUACUGAGUUAUUGCCCUUGGCAAUGUCAUAUUUCUACACCAUACUGUUAAUGCUCUGGAUGAGCUUGUUAGUUAAAUUCUUUUUUAGCUUCUGUUGUAUUGUCUUUAUUCCUAGUAGAGGUUAUAGGCGUGCAGAGUACUAAAGCAGGGCUGGUAGUCAUGAAGCACAUUAGGUCAUUUCCUUACUUAUAUCAGUUUCCUUAUUUAAGUAUCUCAUUAGUCAUAUGAUAUUUUAUCUUGAGAAUGUUAUUGUGAUUGACUAAAUUCAAAAUGCACACUUUCAUAUAGAAAUAGCAUAAUUAAUGUAUUUUAAUUUAACUAUGAAAACUUCAAGAAAUUUACUUAAGUUUAGAAAUCAUUUAAGAUGUUUUAUGAUACCACCCCAGGACUGUUAACAAUAAUUAUUGUUGACUAUCUUUUUUGAUUUUUUUCCCUUGUGCUUGUUUUUUAUACUUAAAUAACGAUCAAUCUGUUACAAAGUUGUAUUCGGAGAUACAGGGUGUGUGGAUGUAUUCAUCGCUCCUGUGAUAAGUCUACUUUUAAUAAUCUCAAAUAAAUGUGAUAUUUCUUAUAACCUUGACAUUACAGUGUGUCACAGUGUGUACGGUAUACCAUGUGAUCAAUUAUGUCUAUGCUGCUUAAAGUGCCCCGUCUUCAUUUUAUUAUCAGUGACAAACCUGUUUCCCAAAUAAUGUUUUGACAGUGCUCAAUCAGGCGGUGGUUUUGUGAAAAGGUUUGUCAAGUGUUUUAAGAAACUAAACUCUGAAUCAAAUUCCCGUAAAAGACCAGAGGCAGGGCUCUGAAAGCGGCAUAGACUGCACUAUGUUCCAUUUAAAAUGGUGAAAAAAUAGUAAAGUUACCUUUGUUCAUAUUCUUCAUUUGAAGCAAAAUGUGCGACGUUGCAUUUAUAAUGUUAUAUAUCACAUGGUAUACAAAUGCUGCAUUAGAUACAGGACUUUAUACUGUUUCUAAUUUAAGUCAGUUUGGAUUUUUAGAGUGAGAGUAAGGCAACAGCAUUUAGUUCUCAGGAAAGAACUGUUCUUUGUUUUCCAAUGUUUAUUUUAAUUUAUGCAUAUUUGUGUUUGUGUUUUUUUAUAUCAAAACACUGUUGGUUCUAUCUAAUCAUUGGCUCAUCUCAUCCUCAACUUGUCACAAGUAUAUGCCAAUUUAUAAUUUGAAACUAUGUCAUGUAUUUUUUCCCCUUAUUUAUAAACUUAACCGUGUAUGUUAGUCUAUGUAUGCAAUGUAAACCAAAGCAAUUUUCACAAUAAUCUGGGUAACUAAUUCCAGUCAUUGUUCAUUUCAAAUACUAGACCUUGUUCCAAUUUAUUUAUCACAAAUUGGCAAUGGUUAUUAUUUUUUUAAUAUACCAGAGAUUUAAAAAGCACUUCACAUGUAUGGUAAAUAAAAUAUUAAAAAAGAUUUAUAAGGGAAUGGUAUUUCUGUUUUCUGUAACAUAAAAUAACAAGCUUCUGUACAUGCAGUUUGAAGAAAAAAUAAAUCAAGACGCCAGUGCGGCAACCGCAUUAAAGCUGGAUGUUCUAUUUGAUGAUGCAAUUUUGCAAACCCAAGAUUUGAGCUAGUGACCUUGUUUUUUUUAAAACCAAGAAGUGCCAUAUUUAUACCUAUCAGAGUAUCAUUCAUAGAAAUAACCUACCAGUAAUCAAAUUUCAUGAAGAUCAUUAAAUUUUGUGUGAUACAUAUAAGUAUGUAACUAGUGACAUAGUUUUUUUACCUGACGUGACCCAUAUUCACACAUAUUCAAGACAAUAUGAAGGCAAUUAUUUUGUCAAAAUUUCAUAACAAUUUGAUUACAACUAUUGACUUUAUGACAUGGAAUACAAACUUUACCGCAGAAUUGUUAACGCCUGCCCGUACGACCGCCUGCAGAUCCUGUUUUCACCAUUCAAUAACCAUGAUUUUUUUAUGAAAAAUCAAGACUAAAAAUUAAAAAGUGAUUCAUUUUUUUUCUUUUGUGUAUUUAAAACCCUCCCUUUAAUGCAAGAGUAUUGUAUUACAUGUAUAAUGAAUAAGUUCAUGAAUUGACUGUUAAGGGGUCUUCAAGUUUUCAUAGUGUUGUCUCGGUAAAUGUAAAUGUGUUUUAAAAGACUCUGCAAUAACUAAUUGUUAUUGGUUUUAGUUAUUGAGUUUAGAUAAAUAAGGUUGUUAAUUUUCUAUUUAUUUCCUUUUAUAUAUUAUAUCAAAAAUAUGCGAUUUUACAAACAAUUUUGUUAUGUAUUAUAAAGAAAAUUGAAAAUAACAUUUUCUUUUUGUUAUUAUGCCCCCCUUCGAAGAAGAGGGGUAUAUUGCUUUGCACAGGCAUGUCGGUAUGUCGGUCGGUCGGUCGGUCGGUCCGUCAGUAGACCAAAGCUUGUCCGAGUGAUAACUCAACAAUUCCUGGACGUAUGGUCAUCAAACUUCACAUGAAGGUUGGGCCUGACCAGUAGAUGACCCCUAUUGAUUUUGGGGGUCAUCGGGUCAAAGGUCAAGGUCACAGUGACCUUUAAUGGUAAAAUAAUUUUAAAGCUUGUCCGAGUGAUAACUCAACAAUGCCUGCACCCAUGGCCCUCAAACUUGACAUUGGAGGUUGGGCCUGACCAGUAGAUGACCCCUAUUGUUUUUGGGGGUCAUCAGGCCAAAGGUCAAGGUCACAGUGACCUUGAAUGGUAAAAGGUUGUCCGAGUGAUAACGUGACAAUGCCUGCACCCAUGGCCCUCAAACUUGACAUGGAGGUUGGGCCUGACCAGUAGUUGGGUGACCCCUAUUGUUUUUGGGGGUCAUCAGGCCAAAGGUCAAGGUCACAGUGACCUUGAAUGGUAAAAGGUUGUUCGAGUGAUAACUCAACAAUGCCUGCACCCAUGGCCCUCAAACUUGACUUGUAGGUUGGGCCUGACCAGUAGAUGACCCCUAUUGUUUUGGGGGGGUCAUUGGGCCAAAGGUCAAGGUCACAGUGACCUUGAAUGGUAAAAGGUUGUCCGAUUGAUAACUCAACAAUGCCUGCACCCAUGGCCCUCAAACUUGACUUGGAGAAUUGGCCUGACCAGGAGAUGACCCCUAUGGUUUUUGGGGGUCAUCUGGCCAAAGGUCAAGGUCACAGUGACCUGGAAUGGUAAAAGGUUGUCCGAGUGAUAACUCGACAAUGCCUGCACCCAUGGCCGUCAAACUUGACUUGGAGGUUGGGCCUGGCCAGAAGAUGGUCCCUAUUGAUUUAAGGGGUCAUUGGGCCAAAGGUCAAGGUCACAGUGACCUUGAAUGAUAAAAGGUUGUCCAAGUGAUAACUCAACAAUGCCUGCACACAUGGCCCUCAAACUUGACUUGAAGGUUGGGCCUGACCAGUAGAUGACCCCUAUUGAUUUUAGGGGUCAAAGGUCAAGGUCACAGUGACCUUGAAAGCAAACUCGACAAUUCUUGGACCUAUGGUCAUUAAACUUGACAUGAAGGUUGGGCCUGCCAAGUAGAUGACCCCUAUCGACUUUGGGGGUCAUCAGGCCAAGGUCAAUGUCACAGUAACCUUUAAUGCAAAAAAGUUAACAAAUCUUCCCCCAAUGAUAUCUCGACAAUGCCUGAACCUAUGAUCAUUAAACUUGACAUGGAUGUUAAGCCUGACCAGUAGAUCACCAUUAUUGAUUUUAGGAUUCAUAGAGCCAAAGGUCAAGGUCACAGUGAUCUUGAAUGGUAAAAGGUUGUCCGAGUGAUAACUCAACAAUGCCUGAACCCAUGGCCUCCAAACUUGACUUGGAGUUGCAUCUGACUUGUAGAUGACCCCUUAUGAUUCAAGGGGUCAUCGGGUCAAAGGUCAAGGUCACAGUGACCUUGAACGAAAAAAACUUGUCUUUUGAUAACUUGACAAUGCCUGCACCCAUGGCCCUCAAACUUGACAUUUAGGUUUCUGGUGACCAGCUAAUGACUCUGGAUUUUGAGUUCAUAGAGUCAAAGGUCAUGACGGUCAUAACACACUUUAUCCUCACACUUUAAUGGUCAUAAUCUUAAAACAGCAACAAAUCAGCUGUCAUUUCGGUCCAUGCAUAUUUCAUUCAAUUGUCCAUAUAAUCCUGACAACAUGGCGCUCAGGGGGGCAUAAUGUUUGACAAACAUCUCUUGUUAAUCAAAUGUGAUGUCUCCAAUUGUCAAAUACUGUCACUUUAAAAGAUAUAAAAAAUAGCAGGAAUAUUUCUUUUAUUUCUUAAAGUUUCUGAUAUGCUUUGGGCCAAUCUUACCAACAAUUGUACACUAAGAUCAAUAAAACAUGUUAAUAUUGUGCCAUGUUAGAGUGUUUUCUUUAUUUCAUCCAUAUUGGAACAAGAAGAUGGAGCUUUACCUUUAAAAAACUAUCCU